CAAAAAAAAAUCGCGUAUAUAUAUCUUUCCCGAGGGGGAGCAUUCCGGUCUAGGGGUAAGAUACUUGCCUCUAGAUUCGGCCAUCCGGGUUCGAUUCCCGGGCAAUGCACGUGGCAUUGCCGCUACCUGACCGCUUGGAACAGCGUGAGAGUUCCGGUUAGCACCUUGGUCCACUGGAUGUGGUGCUUAACCCAAACCAACCAACCAUCUUUCCCGAGCGACAAAAAAUCGUUGCCCCGUGUUGGAGAAAACUUUAGAAUCAAGCAUGGGGAAUGAUGUGAGCAUCAGUGCUGAUUACACAGUCAAUAAAGAGUCAUUUGGUACUGCUGCUGAAUGGGUGCUGUAUGAGGGCAGGCGAAAUAUUCCUAAAGCAGCUGGACAACACACUGAAGAUGAGGCUGCUGAAGUUCUGGAUAACAUUUCUGGCAAUGUUGUCACAGUGUUUGUCGGAAUGCCUGGAGAGAAACGUGGAAAGACCAGCACUCUCCACAAUAAUGUUCAGACGCUGAUGACGGCGCGCCACCCGGACCUGCUGCGCUUCCUGAGCUGGCGCCAGACGGGCAGCCGGCUGGAGCUGGUCACGGAGCCGGUCCGGCCGCUGGCAGAGGUACGGCCGCGGCUCACCGAGCUGGACGUCAGCGGCGGACUGCUGGCGGUGCUGCGCGCCCUCGACUUCCUCCACAGACAGGCCGGGCUGUGCCACAAUAACGUGUGUGAGGCGGCCGUGUUUGUGACGGCGGCCGGCGGCUGGCGGCUGGGCGGCGCCGAGUUCGCCUGCCCGUUCUCUGAGGCCACGCCGGAGCGGCUGCAGGCCACGGCGGCACACCGGUACCAGCCGGCACUGGCGCCGGAGGAGGCCGAACCGACCGCCGGCGCCAGUGAGACCUGGCGGCAGAAGCGGCCCUGGUGUCGAGAUGUCUACGCUUACGGAGUGCUAGCCGAGGAGCUGAUCGGGCCGGCUGUCCAAAACGAGUUCCCGGGCGCCCGCCAGUUCCGUGACGAGGUGAAGCGUCGUCUGCUGUCGCGUGACCCGUUCGCCCGGCCUUCACUGGACCAGCUCGAGGGACACGACUUCUUCAGCAACGAGUUCAACCAAAUCCACGGCUUCCUCGAGAACCUCGUGCUGAAAAGUCAGGAGGAGCGCAAAACGUUCUUCAUUGACCUGGCCAGCCGACUGCGGGCCUACCCGGAGGAGCUGGUGGCCAGCCGCCUGUCGUCCCUGUGCCUGUCGCGGCUGGUGCUGCUCGACCCGGACGCCUGCCGACACUUUCUGCCGCGACUGCUGUCGCCCAGAUACGACCAGUACGCCACUGGUGAGUGCGUGCUCUCUCCGACGGUAUUUCGGCGACACAUUGUACCUCAGCUGCUGCGUAUUCUGCACGUGCACGACGCUCACAUACGGCUGGUGUUGCUGCAGCACUUCUCCAAAUACGUGGCCGAGAUCCCCAAACAUCUGCUCGGCGAUGUGGUUCUGCCUGAGUUACUGCUGGGUAUCCGCGACACGCACGACGAUCUGGUGGCGGCCACACUGCGCGCCCUGGCCGAUCUGGUACCUAUCCUCGGCUCCCAGGUGGUCAUUGGGCCGCACCGACACAAACAUUUUGGAAACGGGACGCCCAAGGCCUCGUCUGGCAAAGGCGUCACCCCUGCAAGGAGGAAGCGUGUGACGCUAUCGCAAAAGGCUACCGAGGCGCCGCCUGAGCGUCGCCGGACCCUGCUGGAGCUCUCCCAGGCGGCGGCCGGUGAGUCGGACUCCCUGCCCGAGCGGCGUUCACCAGAAGGCGGCGAGGAGCUCGGUCUCGAGCCUGACCUGGGACCGGCCGCCGACGCUCCAUCGGACCCCGGCUCGGACUCCGAGCUCGGCCCGGGAGUAGAGUCGGAGGAUGUGGAGGAGGAUGCAGGUGACUGGUCAGACUGGGAGGCGACUGAUGUGGACCCCGACCCGCCCCCGAUACAGGAGAUCUUGGUGCAGCCGGAGGAUAGCGGUGCGGUCUCUGCUGGGUUCGAGCUCAGCCCUACGCCUCUGGAGGCGGGCCCUGUACCGCAGACGGAGGCGGCUAGUGGGAAGACUGUGACUGAGGUCAAGGGUGACUCUCCGGCGGUGGAGGGGUCGGCGGCGGCGACUGCCGCGCGCGCCUCUGGCGGCGGCGGUCUGAAGCUGUCGGGCCGGGCUCCGCCGCCGCGCCGGCCACAACCCCAGCCGGCCAGUGACGACUUUGAGCGGUUCAGUAUCCAGGUGCGGCGCAAAGAGCCGGAGGCAGAGGUGGAUCUGUUUGCCGAUAUGCAGCCGGUGAUACGGAGCGGCAGACCGACCCUGCUGGCCCCCGAACCGGCCCCGGCGGGGCCCAAGACCGACCCAAAGCCACAGCCGAGGCAUGAGGUGAAGCCGGAGUUGGAACCUGAGGUGGUGAGCAGUCGCCUGGACAUGUCCUUCCGUCCGGCAGACGGUGAGUUGACUGACGCCGGGUGGGGCGAUGGCGACGACUGGGGAGACGAGUUUUAGGGCUCUGAAAGGCUGAGUGAGGGAGUUUUAGGCUGGAUUUCUGAGCUGAGUGACGGGUGCUGAACGAUUAUGGCCUACACACAUGAUAGUGUGUCAUAGGUGAUUAAAAGGGAUUUUUGUCCAUGAGAGCGGUGGGGUUCGCAGAUAGAUGAUAUCACCGUAAGAUCAAAAUGUGAUAAAGUCGCAUUAUGAGCUUCAACAGCCGUUAAGUUAUUCGAUGUUAGGUGGUUGAAGUUCCAUAUUUUCUUAUGCCGUUGUUUGUUGGCUUGUUGUGCUAUGCAUUGCGAGUUCCUGUAAGUUUGCUUGCUGUAUGUGUACUUUUCAUGUGAUUUACUUCGUGUUUGAUGAGAUAGCUAGACUGUGAACCGAUGUUUUAACGAGUUAUCCGUUUGGAAGGCGACAAGGUUAGUUUCAUGCUUGAUCGAGGUUCGCACAGCUCACUCCUCAUUCAUCUGACCCAUUCCAGUGUUCUACGAAAUGAAGUGCGAGAGAAUAAAUGCUUACUAUUUAA